AUGAAUAUAUAUAUAUCACCGAAAAGGAGAAGUACUGCUGCAAAUGUGACAAAGCAACGAAAAGAAGAAAGUCACGAUGAUUUCAACGAUCCAUUAAACAAGGAUUCAAGAUAUGAACAGGGAAUCCUACUCUGACGAAGAUGUGGAAAUUAAUACACCUAGUACCUCUUUUACAAGAAUAUCCUGGUUUGAUCCACAAGGACUGUCUGUCUUGUUCUAUCAAACAACACGAGGUGGUAAAAAUGUUUGGCGAUAAGGCUAACAAACUCGUUAGAAGAAAUUGCCGCGUAUGUUCUGCACAUAAGAUAAGGAAACCAAGUGUGCAUACAUGUAUAAAGUACCACUACAUUUCUCAAGCUAAAAAGAGUUUUAAAUAUAUUUGGUUAUUUUUCAUUUCACCGGGAAGAAACCAGCAGAAACUACCAGAGGAAGUUUUCUUAGAAACAAUGGCG